AACUUUAUAGAAUUCACUAAAGAAUAUGAUCAGGAAUUACCUUUACGUAAAACCUCUAUAUCUCAAGUAAAGCCAUUAUUCACCAAUGUUUAUGAAUUGGAAUCGAUUGAUAACACCAAUAAUAUUACAACACGAUCAGUCUCUUCUACGAAUGAACAAAAUACGGCAUCUAUGGCACACACUGCACCACGAUCAGUCUCUUCUAUGAAUGAACAAAACAUGGCAUCUAUGGCACACACUGUCCCACGAUUGGUCUCUUUUACAGAUAAACAAAAUAUGGCAUCUACAACAUCUAUCGAUUGCAUCGAUUUUAAUAAUUUAGCACUAAUAUUUACUGCAUUUGUUCAAGUGAUAAAAUCAGGCACACUUUUACCAAAUAUGGGAUAUACAUCAUAUAUGCAUCCGCAAUCUAUUAUGACUUCUGACAAUAUGACUACUUUAGCUAUAAUAAAUAAUAAUGCAUCCACUAAUCAAAUCUAUAAUAACACAUCUCUGAAUAAUGUGAGUGUUUCAAAUAUUAAGACUCGACUUGCAUCCUUAUUCAUUAAUGAAUCAAAAGUUCUUUUUCUUCAUAUUCGUAAGCCAACACUGGAACUGAUCUUAGUACUAGCUAGAGAAUGUGCAAGACAUCUCAGAAUUGCUGAUAUUAACACUAGUGAUGCGAAGAAGAAAGAAUAUAUUGUUGAAGUCACAUUAAACAUGAUCUGUUUCUUUGUACGUAAAAAUGUUGACCAUGUGAUUUAUAAUAAUGUUACAAAGAUCCAACGAGUAGGAUGGCGAAAUGCAAUGCUAGUUGAUUUGCAUGCUCUUGAUCGUAUUACAGUUGAUAUACAUAUUGUUUCUGAGAGUGGAAUGAUAUUAGCACAAGAUAUAGAUAUUC